GUAGAUGUUUCUCUGGAACUCCCUAGCUUUCUCCAUGUUUCAGAAAAUUCAGUGAACAGAAGAAGAUUGUUGGAAGUGAAAUAGAUCUGCACAAGAAGCUAAGUGUGAUGAGGGAGAGGCAAGUAGUAAAAAUCUAAGUCAAACCUUUUGAGCAGAAUACUCUAGAAGUCUUCAGAUCUUUUUAUGUAUAGCCUGAGACUUAUCAUAUUAUUCUUUCUCUCGAGAAGAAAACCUAUAAUGGGAGCAGGCUGUAAAAGAAACCCAGUUUGGGAAUAUUUUAAUGAAGUUCCUCUUCCUAUGGGUAAGGCAGCCAUGCAUGCAAACUAUGUAGAAACCCAUGAUUUAAUUCUAGUCUUACUGAAUUUAGGCUAGUCAUGCUACAGGCCAGGGUCAGGAACCAGACGAAUGCAUGAGGGCAGAACAAGGACAUGGUUAGGAACAAGUCAAGGGCCAAGAACUAGGAGGACAAACAGAGAUGCAGGUACCUUUGACAGGCUAACAGGGCAGGGAACAUGGCACAAAAGAUACACAAGACAACAGGAACCAAAUGUAGCAAGGGUCUGACAACAUGCAGGAGCUGAACACAGCUCACAGUAAGCCCUGCAUUACUGAGGAAACAUGGUGAGGCAGGAUAUAUGGGCAAGGCAGGACAUAGGUCAGCCAAGAGGUAGGCACAACACCAAGGCAACAUGAAAAGGCAGGAAUGAGGAGCAGGCAAUCAGGCAAGAUGCAGGUACAACAACAAACAGGCAAACCUGUGCUGCUGAGGCUACUUGGCAUGGCAGGAGACACAUUAGGAACCAGGAACAGGUCAGGCCAGGUAGCAACAGCAAACAGAAGGACCUGUGCUACUGAAGGGGUGGAGUAGGGCCAGGCCAGACACUACAGCAAACAGGAGGAUCUGCAUUGUUGAAGCUAGUUCUGGAGGGAAGAGUUGCUCUGAUAGAGUUUUUCCUCCAGGACUAUCAGAACUGAUCCUGCAAAUGUGGUGGUGGGUCUGGCCACCAAAGCAGCCCAGAUUCUGACAUCAUCUGAUUUUCUUUCUUUUGCUUAGAAGUUGCUACUCCCUGUUGACCUCUCACAGGUACUUGUGUUCUCUCAUGAAAUGCUUCAUUUUUCCUCAUUCCCUGAAGUUUGCACUUCAGACACUUACAGAUUUUCUUCCAGUAGGGAUACCAUCUUGCACAUGUUACAGGUGUCAUUUUGUACUUUCUCAAAAAGAAAAAGCAAGCAUAGCACAAAACUGGCCCUUUAAGCUCCUUAGGUGGCCAAAUUGUUUUGUUCUCUGUUGGUGUUGCUGCCACCUUCCUAGACUUCCCCAGAAAACUCACACACAAAACUGCCUGAUGGUUGCUUGCAUUUGCUCACCCUGCAUUGUAAUCUUUUUGAGUCUGGCAGAUUGCAUAUGGAGUUGUGUAGUUGCUGAUCUCACCCCAGCUAGCUCAAUGGCUCCCUUCAGUGGCUCCUUCAGAUGGCCCCUCUCACCAGUACUGCGUGGCUGAGCACAUGGCAGCUACUUUCUUUAGGACACAAAUAGUUCAAGAAUACGAAACAGCUUCAAGCAAAAAGCCUUCAGCAGUGAAUUCUAAUGCGCAUGAUUGGGGUUUGCACUGCUUCACUUGGCUCACUUGGCCUCAUGCGCUUUUUUGGUGUGUCAUGGCCAUGGAGUAUUGCAGCUGCUCUGGGCGUUUACAUUGGCAGUGGUGGCUGGACAUUUCUCCGGAUCAUCUUCAAGACUGCCUUGAGAGAUCUCCUGGGCUUGUCAGUGCUUGUCCAAGUCAAAUAUAAAUUGUACUGUCACCGGAAAGCCAAGAGCAAUGUCCCAAAGAUAUUCUGUGAUGUGGUCCGCCGUCAUCCAGAUAAAGUGGCCUUGAUCUAUGAAGCUACUGAUGACAAAUGGACAUUCCAGCAUCUAGAUGAAUUUUCCAAUGCUGUAGCCAACUUCUUCUACGAUCAGGGCUUUUGUGUUGGUGAUGUAAUUGCUAUCUUUAUGGAGAGUCGACCUGAGUUUGUGGGCUUCUGGCUAGGGAUGGCCAAAGUGGGCAUUGAGGCAGCCCUCAUCAACUUCAAUCUGCGUCUUGAUGCACUGAUUUAUUGCGUGAAAACCUCAGGGGCAAAAGCCAUCAUCUUCGGUGGAGAACUUUCAGCAGCAAUAUCGGAAGUGAAUGGUGCUCUGGGGAAAAACAUGGUCAAAUUCUGUUCUGGAGACUUCAGACCUGAAUCCAUUCCUCCAGACAGCAAACACUUAGACCUUCUUCUGGCUAAGGCAUCAAAAUCUUCUCCAGCUCAGGUUCCCACCAAGGGAUUAGAUGAUCGUCUGUUCUACAUCUACACCUCUGGCACAACUGGAAUGCCAAAGGCUGCCAUUGUGGUACACAGUAGAUACUACCGAAUAGCAGCUUUUGGUUAUUACGCCUACAGAAUGACCCCCCAUGACAUAAUCUAUAACUGCCUCCCGCUGUACCACUCAGCAGGGAAUAUCAUGGGUGUUGGCCAGUGUGUGAUCCAUGGCCUGACUGUAGUGAUUAGGAAGAAAUUUUCUGCCAGUCGCUUCUGGGAUGACUGUGUGAAAUACAAAUGCACAAUUAUCCAGUAUAUUGGAGAGAUAUGCAGGUAUCUGCUGAAUCAACCAGUGCGAGAGGCAGAAACACAGCACCAAGUGCGUCUAGCAAUAGGAAAUGGCUUGAGACCUACCAUUUGGGAAGACUUCACACAACGGUUCCGUAUUAAACAGAUUGGGGAAUUUUAUGGGGCUACAGAGUGCAACUGUAGCAUCGCUAAUCUGGAUGGAAAGGUUGGCGCCUGUGGCUUCAACAGCCGGAUUUUGCCAAAUGUGUAUCCUAUCCGUUUGGUGAAAGUUAAUGAAGAUACUAUGGAAUUGAUUCGAAAUGAAAAUGGUCUCUGUAUCUCCUGCCGUCCAGGAGAGCCAGGGUUGCUUGUGGGCCGAAUAAACCAGAAGGAUCCUUUGCGAAGGUUUGAUGGUUAUGUCAAUCAGAAUGCAACCAACAAAAAAAUUGCCUACAAUGUUUUCCAGAAAGGAGACCAGGCUUAUCUUUCAGGAGAUGUGCUAGUGAUGGAUGAACUGGGCUACAUGUACUUUAGAGACCGGAGUGGGGAUACAUUCCGUUGGCGUGGGGAAAAUGUCUCCACUACAGAGGUUGAGGGAAUCCUCAGCCACAUCCUCAGCAAGACAGAUGUUGCUGUGUAUGGGGUAGAGGUGCCAGGAGUGGAAGGGAAGGCUGGAAUGGCAGCUAUCGCUGACCCAGAAGCAAAAUUGAACCCUAACAUGCUAUACCUGGAGAUGCAGAAAGUGUUACCCCCUUAUGCACGGCCAAUCUUCCUCCGACUUUUGCCACAGGUUGACACUACAGGCACUUUUAAAAUUCAAAAGACCCGUUUGCAAAGAGAAGCCUACAACCCACACCAGAUAUCUGAUCGAUUAUAUUUCUUGGAUGUAAAACUUGGCAAGUACAUACCAAUGGAUGAGUGUGUGUUUGAGAGGAUCCAAGCUGGAAAGGCAUCGCUGUGAUUUCAACAGUAAAAGCCAUUGGUGAAGAGUUUGGAUUUGGAGAGCCUUGCUUGAAUAGGAAACAGACUUGACUAAAUUAAAUGAGGCAAGGUUUUCAUUCAAAGCAUCUACAAUUGGACAAAACCUACUAUGUUGUGGGAAUGGGUAGCCCUCACCUGUUUUAAAAAGCACAUUAACUGUUUCCUGGGCAAAGAGAGUGGCCCUUUUCAAUGGUUCAGUCUUUAGAAUGGUUUCCUUCUUUCUUUAGCCAUUGCACUGGGGAACUCUGUGUGAAACAGGAAUGGUUUAUGGUUUGUGUAAUUACCAUUUAAAAGCCCUCAAUAUGGUGGGUGUGACUGAGCCUGCGGUAACACUGAUCAGGUUGCAUUCUGUUGUGUAUCUUGGCUAAGUUUCACUGCUUUGAGGCAGUACUGUAAUUACUGUGUAUAAAGCCUCCAAUUAUUAGGGGAUUUCCAGGUUCCUCAUUUAUACAUUGAGAGUCCUUCAGUUGUGAUCACUGUGAGAUCUACCACUGUGCUUAUAUGGAUCAUUAAGGGAUUGUCAAAAUGGAACAUCAUUUUAUCUUCAAAAACGUUGGUCUUAAAAACAAAAAACAUAGUGAAUUGGGUGAAGUAAGUAUGUUGUUUUAAAAGGCUUUAUUUAAAGAAAAACGAGUUUGCUCAGAAAAGUGUACAGGAAAUGUCCUUUCCUAUUAGAAGAAGAAUACUAUGGUGUUUGCAAGCUUCCACUUAUUUACAGAAUGAUAAACAGCAUGUGUACAUGGUAUCCAUUUGGGGGAAGUCAUUGGUUUAUCUUUUGUUAAUCUGUCUAAAGUCAUGUUGGUAUAAAUGGCAAUACUUGGGCCAGAGCUGCGAUCUUCAAAUGAUUAUUUGUUGUUGAUUCAGAAUCUUGGGAAACAGAUAACUGUAUGAACCAAAUUUAGUGGCGACAUUUGUUUGGUCUUUCUGAUCCACCCUGCUUAGUGUAGGAAACACAGCAACUGAUCAACAGCAAUGCGUAACAUAUUCCUCACAUUUACUUUCCACCAGUACAUGAUUCUGGAUGAUUCUAAUUCAGCAGUUUUUCACUAGUGCAACUAGUGACCUUAUGUUCAAAGAUGCUAUAAUUCUUCCUUUUGAUCAUGUUGGUAUGAAAGAGGCAUACCACUGCUGCUUGUAGAUACUGCUAGGAUAUCCUAGUGAGUAUUUUACUGUAACUUGAGUGUUCUAGUUCUCUUUUUUCUAUUCCCAGAGCUGCUGUAGAUGUGGAAUGUGUUUGGCAGAAAAGGAACUUUGCAUAAAGGCCUUUUACAAAGACUUCUGCAAAACAAUGUUAUGUUGUAUUACUGAGUGCACACAGUGCUAGUCAGGGCAUUGUUAAGACAUGGUUCAGAAACCAGUGGAGUGUGUUUUUUUCCCUUCUCUUUCAAUUAGAUCCAGAAUGUGCCUUUCGUAACUUCUCAUCCAUACCAGACAAAGCCGGAUAACAUGCGUAGUAAAUUUAGCUGUGUUAUUAAUCCUUGGUUAAAACAGUAUCUACAGCUAACUGAUCCUCAUUUAGAAAACAACAUAGUUAUUUUGUUUCAGAGUUCACUCAUGAUUUGAAAUCAUGCACUGACUCGGAAACAAAGUUGCAUUUUCAGAUAGUUUCUCUUUUCAAAAUAUAACUUUAUUUUGGGGAAGAAUUAAAAGAAUAAAGACACUUUAGAAGCAUG